AUAUAUAUAAUUCAGAUUCGGUAUCGAUUAAUUAAUUCCGGCAAGCACCUGUCAACAUGCAAAUCGUGUACAUCUUUGUGUUGGCGAUACUUUUUCAACAAGUAUUGACCGAUUCUGAUCACGGGGAUGCGGUAAUCAGUUAUACAGCAGAGGAUUUUGAUGAUGCUUUAGACAAAGCAAAACAUUUUGUUAUGUUUUAUGCUCCAUGGUGUGGACAUUGCAAGAGAUUAUCCCCUACAUGGAAUGAAUUAGCUAAGUUGUAUAAUCCUAUGAUAGAUCAACCACUUAUCAUAGCAAAGGUGGACUGUACAGCUCAGGUUUCCUUGUGUGCCAAACACGAAAUCACAGGUUAUCCUACACUCAAGUAUUUCCCCGACGGAUAUUCAGAAGUUGUUCGUUACAAGUCAGGAAGAGACCUCCAGUCACUUCAGUCUUUCAUCGAAGAACAGCUGUCUAAUGCUCCGGAGCAUCCUGCCGAGAAGAACAUUCCGACGUCCGGUCUGUUCGACCUGACGGAUGACUCCUUUCCCCCACACAUUGAAACGGGGAGUCACUUCAUCAAAUUUUACGCCCCCUGGUGCGGACACUGUAAACGACUAGCUCCCACGUGGGAAGAACUUGCCCUUCAGUAUCUGGGUCAGGAGGAUGUUUCUGUUGCCAAGGUGGACUGCACGGUUCAUAGAGCGACAUGCGACUCGUAUGGAGUCCGAAGCUAUCCCACCCUACUCUUCUUCAGAAAUGGAGAAAAGGUGGAUGAGUACCAGGGAGGUAGGAGUCUGGAGGAACUACAAAACUACAUAGAGAUACAGCUGUCCACCAAAAACGUCAAUGCUGACCGUACCGACGAAAAAAUACCGGAUGUAAUACCAGACAGCAAACCUGAGGAAAAUCUGGCGGCUGUGUUUGAGCUAGAGGCCGACUCCUUUACUGCUGGCAUAAGUGAGGGCCUUGUCUUUGUUAAAUUUUUCGCACCAUGGUGUGGGCACUGUAAAAGACUCGCCCCAACAUGGGAGGAACUGUCUAAGGAAAUGGCCCGUUACCCAAUAGUCACCAUAGCCAAGGUGGACUGUACGCAUAGCUCAAACAUUUGUAAGCAGAAUGGGGUUAGGGGAUACCCCACAAUGAUUCUCUUCAAGGAUGGACAAAAGGUUGCUGAUUACACGGGCAGUCGUAAUAUUGGUGACCUUGUGGAGUUCAUGCUGGAACACAUUCAACAGGAAGUACACGAUGAGCUGUAAAUGGAUGAGAAGCGAAAAAAAUCAAUGACAUGGUUAUUUUUGUUAUGGAUGACACUGGAUGGAAAAUAAUUUUCCACAUAUUUAUCAGAAACAAAAAAAAUUUUAGUCCCAUUUUUGUUCUCUCUGAAGUAAAGUUUAUUCUCGUAUUUAUUUCAUUAUCUGUAAUUUCUCGGGUAUCUCCGUCCAGUUAAUUUCAGGGUAGGAUGAAUAAGGAGGGUAUAUAACAUAAAUUUAUAUCACGAUUCAUUUUAAAGAUAAUACGAAGAGCGUACAUUUUUUUUGACAGUUUGUGAUUGCAUCUAUAUGUGCACAGGGAGAUUAACUACAUUACCAUUGUAAUUCAUGUGGAAAAUAGCGAACAUAUAGUCAGUCAUUUCAUGUAGGAAAUUGACGUGUGAUCAUUGACGUUUUCUGCUGAAUUUUUCGUUGUUACAGAAAUUAUUUUUCUAUGAAGUGCUUUUUGCUGUUCUUGUGAUGCCUCAGAAUUUGCUGGAUAAAUUGUCAACUGCAGCAGUUAUAAAUUUUGUGCAAGUGGUCAACUCAAGAGUGUUUGUGUCCUUAUUGUGUGCAAAAUAUUUUUGGAUGUUCAGAUAAUAUGUUUUGAUGCAUGUAACAUUUUGAAAUGUUCCAGUGAAAUGAAAAUUCGGGGUGAGGAGUACCGGGCGUACAGAUGGUCCUGAAAAAAUAAUACUCAAAAAUUCUUUAUCAAAUGAUACACAUUCUUAUCAUAUUAGCCAUUCAUGUUACUGCAAUUGAAUGUGAUACAGGCUUUUUUUUGGGGGGGGGGGGGGAGAAUAUAAUAGGAAUUUGCAUGACUUGUUAUUAAUUUGGUGUACCAGGAUAUGUAGGCCAUGUACCCUAAUUGUUGAAAUGUUUGUCACUAAAAUAUAACAUUUCCAAUAGCUAGUCAUAUUUAUUGUUCACACAUUGCACAUAAUGUCACAUAGAUCUUGUUCCACCUUUUAAUUAAAUCAACAACAAAUUAAAUUUUGAAGAGAGCCCCCCCCCCCAAAAAAUACAGUAUGUCACAGACCUUAAGUAAAGUUCUACAACUCUUGGCUUAAGGAGGUACUCCACAUCGUCACAAUGGCUGACUUCCUUUUAAAACAGGGAUGAAAAAAUCAAUAUCAGUAAUAUUUGACUUUUCCUUUUUGAUUUGAAUACCUAGCCGAGUAGCUCAGUAGAUUAUCAUACCAACUGCCGAACUGUAGGUCGCAAGUUUGAGUCCAACAGGGGUUUUAAAUUUUUUUUUCAGAUUACCUUCUACUAAAACUGUAUUUUUUGACAAAAUAAAGUAAAUUUUAAAAUUUACAACUUCAAAAUAUUGUUGUACAUAUCCUCCACUUUUCAUGUACAUCAAAUUUCUCUGGUGUAGCAUUCCUCCUUAAGAAAAAAUACCCUACAUAAGAUUGUGAGGGGUGAAGUUUGUAUUGUUUCUGGUACUCUUGUCAAUUUAAUAUGAUAUGUUGAUGUGUAGCAUAAUGAUAAUUUUUUCAUGCUUUUUUUUUUAAUUGGUUCACCUCAUGGCAAACUAGAGAGCAUAGUGUGUUGAUUGGUAUAUGAGGCUUUUAAAUAUUGGUAUAUGUGGUGAAAUGUUGUAAAGUAAAACAUGGCUAUGAUAAUGUGCCAAGGACAGUGAAUUAUGCUUUGUUAUAUCCAAUUAAUAUUUUGAUAUUUUAUGAAACCUGAAGAAUGAAAUUGCCUUACAUGUGGUAAUUUAUCAUGAGCAUGUUCUGUCUAACUUCGGUUUAUGUGGGUAAAUGUAAUAACUUUUCUAUGCCGAGAUGUGGUUCAAUGUGAAGUAUCUGUGAUCUUCAUGAAGUAGUUUAUUUUCUGUACAUAGCACAGAUGUGAUGUGAACAUUUCCUUUUAAUUCACUGCAUCCCCCCCCCCCCCCAUCUUAUACAUGGAUGAGUGAGGUGUGAUGCUUUGUCCCUCUGUGUAUGUAUUCUAUUUCCCCUUUUUUAUGUUUUUAUUUUAUUGCUCGAUAUCAUCAGAGGCAUUACCCCAUUUUAAUGAUGAGUAACGGAAUAUGCGAGGGUCAAGUCUGACGAGAUAUAUUCUGAAUAACAUAUUUAAUUUAUUUCUUGUAUUUCUCCAUUUUUAGCGGGAAUUUGUGGACAAGAAAAAUCUGCAAGUAUAACAAUAGCAAACAAUAUAUAAACUACUAUGCACUUGUACAUUGAUAUACUGCAAACGCAGAACACAAUUUACUGCCUUUUAGGGAUCAAAUCUCAAAAAUUUCCAACAGCAGAAAAUAUCUGUUAAUAAUAUAGUUCCUGCAGAAUGUUCUGAUGGUGCUACUUUUUCCUAUACAUUGGGAUUUAGACCUUUGCAACAUGGCAUUCAGUUAUUUUUUGGAAAAUAGUUUAAUUUGCAUAUCAUAUGAUGGACAUGUCUUUUAUCGGUGGUUUUUCCUUUCGUAGACUGUAUAAACUUGUAUAGUCAUAAAUGUAGAACUGAAAUGUGGGUGUUUGUUUUUGAUUGAAACAUGGCAUUUUUCUUUAGAACAAAUGUGAACUGAAUUUUGAUAAUCAUUCACUUUUACAUGUACAGUAUUUUAUGUAUUCAUACACUUGUGUUCGUUUUAGGUGAAUUUAAUUGAACCUAUGAAAAUUAUUCACAUUUUCAUGAAUUCGAAGAUCUUGAUAUUCAAAUGCUGGAAACAGAAUAGUCCAAACGGAGAAAAUAAUUUGGAGUUACAAUGAGAAAAAUAUGUAGAUACACACCAGCAUAGAAUUAUAAAAUAUUGUUAAUGCUGUUGUAGUAUGAGAUGUACUCACAUUGUCAAACUACAUAGAAUUAUAAAGUAUUGUUAAUGAAAUGCUGUAAGUUGUAGUAUGAAAUGCACUCGCAUGUACUACAUUUAUCGCACAUCAGUUUUUUUCACUGGUUCAUAAUUAUUCAAAUUAAGUAGGUCAGUCAUUUAUGCACCACAUAAACAAAACAUGUCAUCCUUUGAAAUUGUUAACAUUGAUGGUGAAAGACCUGAUUUUGUCAACAAGGUUGUUCCAAGAGGAUUUUGGGUCUUUUAGGAAGUGAAAAUAAUUUCAAGUUUCUUCAAAAUGUGAGGUAUUGAGGACGUCACAAUCGAAUUAAAACCAAACAUUUCUGUGACAUUCGGCUUGUGAAAUAGACAGUAAAUUAAAAUGUGCGUUUAAUGAUAGUUGCGUUAUAAAUAGAAUUUUACACUCGUGCUUAUGACAUAUGAAAUUCGUUACCAGAUUUGAAUAUUUCCCUCGCCAAGGCUCAAGAAAUAUCAAAUCUGGUAACUUGUUUCAUAUGCUAUAAGCACUCAUUCCAGAUCCUCUAUGUACAUUGUGAUUUAAGCACUCAUUCCAGAUCCUCUAUGUACAUUGUGAUUUCAUCAAUAAUUUUCUGUAUUACAUGUAAAGUUGAAGUUUGGAUUUCUCCAGGAUGCACAAAAUAAAGACGUCUGUAAUUAG